AGUUGAAGCUCCGGUGCUCGCAGGGCACAAUGAUUCUCCAGCUCUUUCCUUCUGUCCCGAUUCUCAUUGGGCCUUGCAUUUUGGGUCGAGCACAAUCAACCAUGCUAUGAGUCCACACCUCUGUAUCAAAGUCAUCGUUGAAGGUGUCAGAGGCAGAGGCACGUUGACAGAGUUCAUUGCGAGGGGGGCGAGGUGAGAAGACUGCUCUCAAGGUAUGGAGGCUUUGCAGCGCUGUUCGGGCAGAGCUUUUGUGUGGGCAUGUUGGCGCGUGCCAGUUUAGGAUCUCUUGUGGAGCAGGAUGUUGAGUUUGUAGGGCCUGGAAAAAGGAGUUUAAACGAUGGCAACCAUGGAGAAGACGUGCACGUUAUUAGUGCAUUUCGACAAAGGGACUCCCUCUCUUUCGAGUGAAAUCAAGGAGCAUCUGGAAGGGCAUGACGUUGAGGCUAAAGUGGACGCCAUGAAGAAGGCCAUUAUGUUGCUACUCAACGGUGAAACUAUCCCCACCCUCUUCAUCACCAUUGUGCGGUAUGUACUCCCCUCUGAGGACCACACUAUACAGAAGCUCCUGUUACUCUAUUUAGAAAUCAUUGAUAAGACAGACUCACGGGGGAAGGUUCUUCCCGAAAUGAUCCUCAUCUGUCAGAACCUCCGAAAUAAUCUGCAACACCCUAAUGAGUAUAUCCGGGGGGUGACAUUACGGUUUCUAUCGAGACUUAUGGAGGCAGAGCUAAUCGAGCCUCUGAUUCCUUCGGUGCUUGCUAACCUUGAGCAUCGCCAUGCAUUUGUGAGGAGGAAUGCUAUCCUUGCGAUAAAUGCCAUCUGUAAGCUGCCCCAAGGGGAGCAACUCAUACCUGAUGCGGCGGAAUAUAUUGAGAAGGUCCUUCAUCAAGAACAGGAUCUAUCUGCCAAGCGUAACGCAUUCCUCAUGCUUUUCAACCAUGCGCAAGAGAGGGCGGUGAAUUACCUUCUCAGUCACUUGGACAGUGUGGCGACUUGGGGGGACACGCUUCAGAUGGUAGUGCUUGAGCUCAUCCGGAAGGUCUGCCGAACAAAUCCAGCAAUGAAGGGGAAGUACAUUAAGAUUAUAGUGUCGCUGUUGAGCUCCCAGCAUACGGCGGUGAUGUAUGAGAGUGCGGGGACUCUCGUGUCCCUCUCCUCUGCCCCUACAGCUAUUCGCGCCGCUGCUAACACGUACUGCCAGUUGCUUCAAACGCAGAGCGACAACAAUGUGAAGUUGAUCGUUCUGGAUCGUCUCCAGGAGCUCAAAGCCUCCUACCGAGAGAUCAUGGUGGAGGUGAUAAUGGACGUUCUGCGGGCUCUUUCAAGCCCCAAUUUGGAUAUCCGCAAGAAGACUCUCGACAUUGCAAUGGACCUCACUACGCUUCGCAACAUUGACGAGGUGGUGAUGUCCUUGAAGAAAGAGGUUGUGAAGACACAGAACGCUGAGCUGGAGAAGAACGGCGAGUACAGGCAAAUGCUUGUGCAGGCCAUACACUCAUGUGCCUUAAAAUUCCCCGAAGUUGCCAGCACGGUGGUUCAUUUGUUGAUGGAUUUCCUGGGAGAUUCUAACGUGGCAUCGGCGAUCGACGUUGUGUGCUUCGUGCGGGAAAUUAUUCAAACGAACUCCAACUUGCGCGAGUCAAUUAUGGCCAGGUUGGUGGACACAUUCUAUCAGAUUCGUUCCUCUCGAGUGGCGACAUGUGCGCUUUGGAUCAUUGGGGAGUACUCUCUGACUGUAAGUGAAGUAGAAGCAGGUAUAUCUGUUAUCAAGCAAUCGCUUGGGGAGCUUCCAUUCUACACUGAAUCAGAGGAAGGGGAAGUCGUGGACACAGCCGUCAGCAAGGGACCCUCAACUCCCAAAGCCGCUCCACCACAGUAUGCUUCUACGGCUUCUUCUAAGCGACCUGCAAUUCUUGCCGAUGGUACAUACGCAACCCAAAGUGCUGCAGCUGCUUCUGUAGCUCCUUUCACGUCCGCCGUCGUAGGUUCCUCUGUGAAUCUGCGGUCGACUCUUCUUAUGGGAGACUUCUUUCUCGGAGCGGUGGUGGCAAGCACUCUUACGAAGCUGAUGCUUCGUUAUGAAGAAAUCGAGAACAAUAAAGAGGCUGUGAAUAAGGCUGAAGCUGAGAUUCUUCUGUACAUGGUUUCGAUGCUCAGACUCGGCCAGUCUUCUGCUCUAUCUCAUCCAAUUGAUGACGAUGCCUACGAUCGGAUCACUUUGUGCAUCAGAGUUCUUUCCUACAAAGACCAAUUGAUGAAGACGGUAUGGUUGAAGAACUGUCGGCAAAGCUUCGCUAUGAUGAUAAAAGAUAAGCUCUCAAGGGAAAUGGAGGAGAAGAAGGCUAAAGCACAGGAUUCAUACGCUCAGCCUGACGAUUUGAUUGAUUUCUAUCACCUAAAGAGAAGCAAGGGCAUGAGUCAAAUGGAGCUGGAGGAUCAAGUGCAAGAUGACCUCAUACGAGCUACGGGAGAGGUUUCAAAAGUUGGGGACUCCAAAAAGUUGAACAAGGUCCUUCAAUUGACAGGUUUCAGCGAUCCAGUGUAUGCAGAGGCCUAUGUUACGGUUCAUCAAUAUGACAUAGUCUUGGAUGUGACCAUUCUCAACCGGACAACAGAGACUCUUCAAAAUCUCUGUCUAGAGCUUGCAACUAUGGGUGACUUGAAGCUAGUAGAGCGUCCUCAGAACUACGCUCUUGCUCCAAAUACCAGCAAGCAGAUACGUGCCAACAUUAAGGUUUCAUCAACUGAGACGGGCAUUAUUUUUGGAAAUAUUGUUUACGAGACAAGCAGUGUCCUUGACCGUAAUGUUGUGGUGCUGAAUGACAUUCACAUUGACAUCAUGGACUACAUCUCUCCUGCUUCAUGUGCUGAUGUUGCAUUUCGCAACAUGUGGGCUGAGUUUGAGUGGGAAAACAAGGUAGCAAUAAAUACCACCAUUCAAGACGUUCGGGAGUUCUUGCAGCAUAUUGUGGAUUCCACCAACAUGAAGUGUCUCACUCCACCAUCUGCUAUGGAAGGUGAUUGUGGCUUCUUGGCUGCAAAUCUAUAUGCUAAGAGCGUAUUUGGGGAGGACGCAUUAGUUAAUGUGAAUAUUGAGAAGCAAUUAGAUGGAAAGCUUAGUGGCUAUGUUCGAAUCAGGAGUAAGACGCAGGGCAUUGCCCUCAGUCUUGGAGACAAGAUCACUCUCAAACAAAAAGGUUAA